AGCAGGAGGCGCCGUCGCAGGCGCCCUUCUUCCCCUUCCUGUGGCUGCACAGCCCCCCGCCCGGCGCGCAGCCCAUCACCGAGGCGGGCAGCACCCUCGUGUGCCCCUGCUGCUUCUCGUCCCUCACGCACCAAUGGCAGAGCUUCGAGCUGGCCAACGUGCCGGUCCUGCAGCGGCUCUACGUGGUGCCCCUGAGCAGCCACGCCCCCGGCAUGGCCUCCAAGGCCCGGAGACUCCCUAGGGAGGAGGGGCCCGCCGCCGCCGCCGCGGGGCUGCUGCGGGAGGCCUGCUACCUCUGCGGGGAGGACUGCACGCGGGACGCCCGGGCCGUGCCCUCCCGCAUCGUCAACGGCAACUCGGGAGCCACCAUGCACUUCCCCUUCCUCAGCCUCCUGCCGUGCCCCCCCAACGCCCGGCCUCCCAACAAGCGCUGCGAGGUUCGCAGCUGCCCCAAGUGCUUCAGUGUCUUGGAGGACGUCUGGGCCCUGUACCGGGCAUCCCACAACCGCGAACUCAUCAGCUCCGUGCAAGGGUUCCUGGGCAGGUACCACCAAGCCUUUUCCGCCUCCGACCCUACCCUGAGCGAACUGCCCGCUUCCGCGCAGGGAGGCCUGCCCGCCGUCUGCUACAUCUGCGGGGCCGAGCUGGGGCCGGGUAAGGAGUUCCAGCUCAGCCUGAACCCUGGCAGCCACCUGGGCGAGAAGGAGCCCUUCUUUCCUUUUCUCACGGUCUACCCGCCCGCCCCGCGGGCCAGGCCCGCAGACUCCACCGGCCUGGUGGCCACCUGUGUGCUCUGCUAUCAUGACCUGCUGGGUCAGUGGCUGCAGCACGAAGCCAGAGCCGGUCACCAGGCUGUCAGCGCCUGGUCUAGGCAGUACCAGGUGGACACGUUCGUGUGCUUCUUCUGCCAGCAAGAGAAGAAGCGGUGUCUGGGGCUGAAGUCGGUGAGGGUGGCAAGGCUGCCCUUGUUCCUGUAUACCCUGAGAGCCAGCCACAGCCUGUUGGUGGAUGACGGCCGGCAGCUGAUCAUCGGCGCCUGCGUGGAGUGCGGGACCCUGGUCUGUGCGGGCCAAGGGCUGGCCAGCCAGGGACCCAUGGGCUGGAGCUCCCCAGCGGCAGGAGUGACAAAGGUCACCACUGCCUCCCUGGAGUCACCUGCAACUGCGCAUGCUCCUGUGCCAGAGCUGGAGCCCCAGCUGGUGCCCCCCACAGACAGCCUCUCCAGGGGUACCAGGAUCACCCAGGAGCUGAGGCCAGUGUCAAGCCAGCAGAGCAGCCGGGACAGCUGGGACGGGGAUGGCGUUGACCUUACAGCCACAGGCAUGAGCCAUGAGCCCAAGUCCCCUUCAAUAGGGAUGCUUUCCACGGCGACCAGGACCACCGCCACCGUCAACCCCCUCACCCCCUCGCCACUCAAUGGCGCCCUGGUGCCCACCGGUAGCCCGGCCCCCAGCAGUGCGCUGUCGGCCCAGGCCGCGCCAUCCUCCAGCUUUGCUGCCGCGCUGCGCAAGCUCGCCAAACAGGCAGAGGAGCCCAGAGGGUCUUCACUGAGUAGCGAGUCAUCUCCGGUAUCCUCUCCAGCCACCAACCACAGCUCUCCAGCCAGCACGCCUAAGCGAGUGCCCAUGGGCCCCAUCAUUGUCCCCCCUGGGGGUCACAGUGUCCCCAGCACUCCUCCUGUGGUCACUAUUGCCCCCACCAAAACCGUCAAUGGAGUCUGGAGGAGCGAGAGCCGCCAGGACUCUGGCUCACGGGGCAGCAGCAGCGGUCGUGAGCGCCUGCUGGUGGAGCCACCUCUAGCCCAGGAGAAGGCAGCGGGCCCAGCCAUCCCCUCCCACCUACUCAGCACUCCCUACCCUUUUGGCCUCUCCCCCAGCUCAGUUGUACAGGACUCCCGCUUCCAACCACUCAACCUCCAGCGGCCUGUGCACCACGUGGUACCGCCCAGCACAGUGACCGAGGACUACCUGAGAAGCUUCCGGCCCUACCACACCGCUGAGGACCUACGCAUGUCCUCCCUGCCCCCGCUUGGCCUGGACCCAGCCACCGCCGCCGCCUACUAUCACCCCAGCUACCUGGCCCCACACCCUUUCCCCCACCCGGCCUUCAGGAUGGAUGACUCCUACUGCCUGUCAGCCUUAAGGUCUCCGUUCUACCCCAUCCCCACCCCUGGUUCCCUGCCUCCACUGCACCCGUCAGCUAUGCAUCUGCAUCUCUCUGGGGUCCGCUACCCUCCUGAGCUCCCACACUCAUCCCUGGCAGCACUGCACUCGGAGCGGAUAUCCAGCCUCAGCGCAGAGAGGUUGCAAAUGGAUGAAGAGCUGCGACGGGAGAGGGAGCGGGAGCGGGAACGAGAGCGAGAAGCUGACCGAGAAAGGGAGAAGGAGAGGGAGCGGGAGCAGCAGCGGGAGAAGGAACGGGAAAAGGAGCUGGAGCGAGAGCGGGAGAAGGAACGGGAGCGGGAGUUGGAGCGCCAGCGGGAGCAGCGGGCGAGGGAGAAGGAACUGCUGGCUGCCAAGGCCCUGGAGCCCACCUUCCUACCUGUGGCUGAGCUGCACGGACUCCGGGGCCAUGCCACUGAGGAGCGGCCCAGGCCCUCAGAGCAGCUGACCCCGACCCGACCAGAGAAGCUGAAGGACACGGGCUUGCAGGCACCCAAACCUGUGCAGCACCCACUGCACCCGGUGCCUGCCCCACACCACACCGUGCCCAGCCUCAUCUCCAGCCAUGGCAUCUUCUCUCUGCCGGGAAGCAGCGCCGCCACAGCCCUGCUGAUCCAGCGCACCAAUGAGGAGGAAAAGUGGCUGGCGAGGCAGCGGCGGCUGCGCCAGGAGAAGGAGGACCGCCAGUCCCAGGUGUCCGAGUUCCGGCAGCAGGUGCUGGAGCAGCACCUGGACCUGGGCCGGCCCCCAGUCCCCACAGAGGUGGAACACAGACCCGACAGCACCAGGCCAGGACCAAACCGUCAUGACCAGGGCAACCGUGAACCCCCGCAGCACUUUGGUGGGCCACCACCCCUCAUCUCGCCCAAACCCCAGCACCACACUGUGCCCACAGCCCUCUGGAACCCAGUGUCUCUGAUGGACAAUGCCCUGGAGACACGGCGGACUGAGAGCCACUCUCUGCACAGCCACCCGACUGCUUUUGAGCCCAGCCGCCAGGCUGCUGUGCCGCUGGUGAAAGUGGAGCGUGUCUACUGCACAGAGAAGACAGAAGAGCCCCGGAAGCGUGAGGCCACACCACUGGACAAAUACCAGCCGCCACCACGGGAGGCAGGAAGUCUGGAGCCUCAGACCUUUCCCCAUGGACCUGGACCUUUCCUUGCUGAACUUGAGAAGUCAACACAGACCAUCUUGGGCCAGCAGCGGCCCUCUCUUUCCCAGACUCCCUUUGGGGAGCUCAGUGGGCCCCUGAAGCCAGGCUCGCCCUACUGCCACCCCACACCGAGGGGCCCUGACCCAGCGUAUAUCUAUGACGAGAUUCUUCAGCAACGCCGGAAACUGGUCAGCAAGCUGGACCUGGAGGAGCGCAGGAGACGCGAGGCUCAGGAGAAAGGGUACUACUACGAUCUCGACGACUCUUACGAUGAGAGUGACGAGGAGGAAGUCAGGGCACACCUCCGCUGUGUGGCUGAGCAGCCACCCCUCAAACUGGACACGUCCUCUGAGAAGCUAGAGUUUUUGCAACUUUUUGGCUUGACCACCCAACAGCAGAAGGAGGAGCUGGUAGCACAGAAGCGCCGGAAGCGGAGGCGGAUGCUGAGAGAAAGAAGCCCAUCACCGCCUGCGAUUCAGAGCAAGCGGCAGACACCUUCCCCCAGACUGGCUUUGUCCACCCGCUACAGCCCUGACGAGAUGAACAAUAGCCCUAACUUUGAGGAGAAGAGGAAGUUCCUGACCUUCUUCAACCUGACACACAUCAGUGCAGAGAAGAGGAAAGACAAAGAGAGGCUUGUUGAAAUGCUCCGAGCCAUGAAGCAGAGGGCACUGUCCACAGCAGACUCAGUGACAAACUCUGCGAGGGACAGUCCUACCAUCUCCCUGAGUGAACCAGCCACACAGUCAGCUCCUGUAGAGACGGAUCAGUCUGUCGGGGUCCCAGCCUCUCUGUCAGAUGUCCCAAAGGCCACAGAGACUGGGAGAGUGGAACAGCUCCGGCCCCAGGAGCUCUUGAGAGUCCAGGAGCCAGCUCCUAGCAGUGGUGAGAAGGCCAGGCUGAGCGAGGCCCCUGGGGGCAAGAAGAGCCUGAGCAUGCUUCAUUACCUCCGGGGUGCUGCGCCCAAGGACAUUCCCGUGCCAUUGUCCCACAGCAUCAACGGAAAGAGCAAGCCUUGGGAGCCCUUCAUGGCAGAAGAGUUUGCACAUCAGUUCCAUGAGUCCGUACUGCAGUCCACACAGAAGGCUCUGCAGAAGCAUAAAGGGAGCUCGGCUUUGCUAUCUGCAGAGCAGAACCACAAAGUCGACACGUCAGUCCACUACAACAUUCCUGAGCUGCAGUCCUCCAGCCGGGUCCCCUUGCCCCAGCACAAUGGACAGCAGGAGCCCCCAGCUGGGUGGAAGGGCCCCCCUAUGCAGGAGGUGGACCAGGACUCUGAAGAGGACAAUGAAGACGACAGUGAAGAGGAAGCUGAGGAAGCCCCCAGGCGCCAGUGGCAAGGGAUUGAGGCAAUCUUUGAAGCUUACCAGGAACACAUAGAAGAGCAAAACCUGGAGCGGCAGGUGUUACAGACGCAGUGCCGGCGGCUGGAGGCGCAGAACUACAGCCUCAGCCUGACUGCGGAACAGCUCUCUCACAGCAUGGCGGAGCUUCGGAGUCAGAAACAGAAGAUGGUCUCAGAACGGGAGAGGCUCCAGGCGGAGCUGGACCACCUACGGAAGUGCCUUGCCCUGCCCACCAUGCACUGGCCGAGGGGCUACUUUAAGGGAUAUCCAAGGUGACGGUUUCCCUUGCACUAGGCUGAACCUAUAGUAUAGAAAUAUUAUCUAUUUUAUUACCUUGAAUAUUUAAUAUUUUUCACUGGGAGGUUUGAAGCUUACAAACUGAGAACGUGCCAUGCAUGAAGCGAAGGAUUCCAGGCUCCAGAGAGGAUGUUGCCUUGACGCCAAUGUAGCCGAGUCACCUGUCUCAGCUAAAACACUCAGUUUCUCUUUCCGAUGGCGGCUUUGUCCCUUCUUCCCCACGCCAUUCUUGUUCUCCGACACUGAUACCCACCGUGCACGUGGCUGAGGGAGAGCCCAGCUUGCUCUGGGGGUUGACCUCUUCCUCCCAGGAGACUAACACGCUGAGAAGUCUGGGUGUACAAGCAAAGGGCUCACAGUCAGCAGUCACCUUCUUGCGCCAUCAUCCAAGACACCAGUCCUAGGAGGACACAGCUAGUCAAGGCUCCUCCCUGGAACAGCGCUUAGGAAGAGGCAAACCCACACCGAAGGUACCUUGUCUUCCUUGGGAGGAUGCAUGGAACUGUCAGCAGAUGGCCCACCCACUGGAUUGCUACCACCGUGUGUGGCGUUUCCAUACAAACGUACAUUUUGAGAGAAAAGUCAAAGGUGCUUCAGCCUUGUACUGUGUAUAUAUUAAAAAAGAAAACAAAAGUUUUGUAUGUUUUUAUUACUUUAAUUAUUGUUAUAAAAGCCUGCCAUUUUUAAUAUGUGGUUUGGGGAAUUUUGUUUGUUUUUCCUGUUUGGGGGUUUCCUUUGUUUUUUCAUUUUUGUUUUUUUUUUUUGUUUGUUUGUUUGUUUUGUUUUGUUUUUCUGGUUAAAAAGAAAAAAGAAAAAAAAAAAACAACAAACCCUUGCUUUUAGUGUUUGUACUGCUGCUGGUCAGGACACAAAAUGCUCAAGUUUUAGAAGGUAGAAGAGCUCCCCUGUGCAGCAUCUCACACGGCAGGGCUGAGGGGUGUGCCUGGGGCUGGUCUGCAGUCUGGGCCAUGAGUCCCCAUGUGCAGCAGGAACCUGAACUAGAGGAGCUGAGCUCCUGGGACAGGCAACAGCUGUGGCAGAAAGCUCAACACUGAGGGAUCUCCUUUCCCAGUUCCAACUCAGCCCAGGCUGACCAACUAGAAAGAGAGCCUCUUCCUGCCAGAGCUUGUGGCUGUCGUCCAUCAGAGUGGGGGGGGCAAGCCUACCCUUGGCCCCGUGGCCACCAUACUCGAUGGCUGUACAGAGCACCUUGCUGGCAGUCUCAUUCUUCCCUGCCCCCAUCCUCCCAACACACACACACACACCCAGUUUUCUUUGCCUGCUUGCCAAGAAUCUUCUAGUUGUUACCAAACCCAGACAAGAGAAUGCCACCAGUAUUGUCAGCAGUCAGCGAAGCACCUUCCUCAGCCCAGGACAGAGCUCGAGCCACUGCUGGAGCCUCUGGUGACGGUCACGGGUGAGCAGAGGCUGCAUGCCCUGGGACAGAGCAUUACCCAACUUCCUGAUUAAACGCUGCUUGCGCUCACGCCUCAGUGCUCCUCUCCUAGGCUAACUCCACACUGAUGACUGGAAGCUUUUGGUAAUGGCUUUGGGGAAAGGUAGACCCCAUGGCUUAAAGACACAUAAUCCCUUCCCUCAUUGCACAGGCGCCCCCCUGGCUGAGUAUAUGACCCAAAGCAAGUGAAACUGGCCCAGGUCAGCCUUGGGGCACAAGCUGAGCCACUGACCCAACAAUGCCUAUGUCCCUUCCAAAUGCCCUUGCCUGCCCUGGAGCUCCUCGUCUAGCAUCUCUGCCUGUGGGGAUCCGAACAUCCCCCGUACUCAUAAGUAAAGUGACAAUCAGAACCAGGUAUAAAGCCAGUAAAGUGGCAGGUGAGUGUGCCACUCAAGACUAUACAUGUGGCUUUUCCAUCCCAUGGACAGAUGAGGCUGAAAACAGUAUCCAACCCUAAUCCAUCUUUCCAACUUUCCCCCACUGCAGUCUGCUCUAGGAUGGACUUUAAAAUGGGCAUGUACAUGAGAAUCCUGGUCCUUCACCAUGUCUUCCCACUCCACCUCCAAGUGAUGGCGCAAUCUGUCCUGGCUGGGAAUUCAGGCUUUCCUGGUGUUUGGUCCCAUGGCUCCAUGUUUGAGCAGCUCUUUUAUAUUGUUUCAUAUAAUUAGAGCCCAACUGAUAAGACCUGCCAUCAUCCAGACAAGUGACAGAGAGGACAGUCCACUCUUCAGUACAUGGCAAUCUUAAAGCCCCAACUAGCACCAUCACACCAGACUGUACCAUUAGGGGAUCCAGAGUAUUACAAGGAGCCUUGCCCUGACAGUGGGGAGCUACAGCCAUGCUCACAGCACUGCCAACUCUUCAACCAGUUAAGCUGAAUCGCAAAGUAGAUGCCUCCCACCCCUGCCCUCACAUGCCCAGGACCCAGCAUGGAGAUGCCCGCACAGCAGGCUCAGCACCUCUGAGGUGUGCAUUAGCCACUUAGCAGCAGUCUGUACUCUCUCAAAGUACGCAAGCUUUGACUUCACUACUUGCUGUAGCCCGUCCCCACUGUCUGAUCCAGUGCUUAACUUCAACCCCAGAGGCUGCCUUCACCUGAGGAGGCAUCUCACUGGUUUUGUACUUGUGUGUACCCUCUGCCUCACUGCUGGGGCAGUGGACCCAGACCCAGGCAGGGGGAAGGACAGGUGCCUCGGUCACUCUGGGGGCAGUUUAGAUGCUGUGAAAUUAAACCCAUUCUAAGUGUACUUGUUUGAAUUAACUGUAUUGUAAUAUUAUUUGUUGAAUGUAGUAAUUAGGUAUUUAUGAAUAUAUUGCUGUAAUUUCUGACAACAUCCCAAAAAUAAAAUCUUCCUAAAUCA